ACUAGGUAAAAAAAAAAGUGAAAGAAAGAGAAAAACCAAUGGAACCGUACUAAAAACGCAAUUGUUGAACAAUAAAUAGCAGAUUGGCGCUGAGGAAGCCAAAGUAGACACACACACACACAACAAUGGGGAUAGAGUAUGAUCAAACGAAAGCUGAGUACAACAGUGGUGGGGAUUCAUGGAGCUCAUCAACCAACUGGACGAUCUCUCGUGGCUCUCUCGAAGAUUCCAUCACUUUUGAGUCCUCCGAUUCUCCGAUCGAUUCUGAAUCUACUCAAAUAUCACCUCUUAUCCUCCACCGACCUUCGCCAGAUUCCGCUCCUUGUGAACUUAAGUUAUGCUUUAUGCAAAAGCAUGAAAUCAGGCAGGUCUAUGUUCGAAGUACUGCUCGUGUUUAUGAGAUAUACUAUGCACCUACUCUGCAGAGCGACAAUGAGUAUCUAUGUACCGUCCGCUGUAGCAUAGCUGAACGAGAUGGAGAAUUUCUCCAAGCUAAUGAGAUUGAAGUAGUUACCCCGCAAUAUUUGGAGGAUUAUGUAGGAAAUCCAACAGAAGGUAGAGUCACAGCUGAAGCCAAACUUUGCACCAGGGAAGAUGAUUGGGUCGAGGUUAAGGUUCCUGACGGGAACAAGGUAAACUGCCUGCAAAAGCACACAACAGGGAAUGAACGAAGAAGUGUUGAGGAUUUAUAUGAGGCCACAGCGGAAAUUAGUGAUGCAGAUCCCUGCAUGUCACUUACAAUUCGCUUUUUAUCACUUCCAAAUAAAGAUUCUAUAUGCAUCGACGAAGUUUACAUAUUUGGUGACCCUAUUAACUCUAAUGAGGUAGAGACCCCAGCAGCUCCUAUGGAAAACCAAGCUAGUUCUUUUAUGGCCAUGCUUGUUCCCACCCUUCUGCAAUUAUCUAAAUCAGGCAUCAGCCAGAAGCAGCAGGACAAAGAUGUUUUUGAUAGUCAAAGAAAGGAAAAUGAAGUGGGAAUCACAGUGAGGACAUCUGAUUUUGCUGAUGCCAGUAAAGAAAAUGAACAGGAAAAAAGGAUGAGUGCUGAUCAUAUUGUGCAGUUGGAUGUCACUGACAAGCCUGUAGCAAAGCCCACUCAUUCCCAGCCUCUGAUACACCAGGAUUUAAGCAGAGAGAACCACAAUAUCUCCACCACGAGUAAUGAUGCUUCACAAGGUCGUAUUGUAGAAGCCAUUGAACAACUUCUUGACCGAGUGAGCAGAAUUGAAAAUAUUUGCUUGAGAUUUGAAGAAAAGAUGGUUAGUCCAAUUAACAGCAUGGAGACAAGACUUCAACGACUGGAGCAGCAAGUAGAAACUCUAGCUAAGAAUUCCCAAUUUUCUGGAUUAGCGUCCUGCACAAGAAUAACAGCUCCUUCAUUUACUUGCAGUGAGUCCAAUUCUAGCUCUUUGUAUAAUGAUGGAAGUGAAUAUCGGUCUUGUGGGGCAUCAGAACUGGAGAAAAAGGAUCUCCCUUGCAAUAAGUUGUCCGAACCUUCUGAUGACAUGCCUGUUUCUUCUAAUCCUUCACAUGUUCUUUCAAAUCUUGUGAUUUCUGCCCCUGAGUUUUCAUGUGGAGAGGAUGAAGAAGAAAAUCAUAUUGCUGAAUCAGUAAAGGUUUCUUCUCAAGAGAAGCAGAAGCAAGUUUUAUCUAUUGAUGAUGCUUUAGCUGCAGCACUUUCUGGAUUUCUGUCUACGUCCCACGUUCUUCCACCAGAUGAAGGGACCUUGGAAGUUAUUGCUUCUGGAUCUAUUAGUGAGGGAGUAAAUGAGAAGAAUGAGUUUUCAGAAUCUACCCAAAGUGCUUCAGUUAUCGCUCACAACUGUACUUUGGAGGGAAAUAACAAUGACAAACCUUCAAAGUAUACUCAAAUUCUUGCAAUUUCAGCUCCUGACUUUACCGAGGAGGAGUAUGAAUUUGAGAAUGCAAAUUUCAUCAUGGCUUCUUCUGCACCAGCUCCUGAACUUGCCAGCAAAGGAAACACAAAUAAUGAAAUAGCUUCUCCAAGCACUGGAAGUCAAGAUUUCGUUGAUCUUAACCGAAGCAAGAGCAUGGAUAACGCAAGUUCAACUGUUGCUUCUGAGACGUAUGCAGAGCAAGAGAAAUUUCUCAAUGAGAAUGUGCAGCUUAAGGAAACUUCUGGAGUAAUUGGUUCGAAAGAUCAUCCUUAUGCACAAGAAAGUAUCAGCAGAUCGCAGGAUAAUCCCACUGCUUGUCUUUCAGGUCAAGAUGAUAAGGUUUCAGAGACUAAUGUAAGAGAUUCUACCAAUGAGCCACAGAUGAAUUCUCGUAAUCUAGAAAAUGCUGCUGAAUCUGUAGAACAUGAUGCUUCAAAAUGUUCUCACGUGGACGGUAUGCAAAAUGUUUGUGAAUAUCUAAGACCUUCUGCUCUAGAUUUCGACAUUCCUAUCUUAGAUGUGAAGUUCACAGCCAAUGAAAACGGUGAUACCAAGUUCUCACUAGAAGUUCUUUUAGGUGACAUGACAGAUGUUAAUGUUGAUGAAAGUGCUGAUAAUGCUGUCACUAGUGAGGGAACGACUUCCACUGAUAUGGAUGAUAAAGUAUCACCAAAGUGUUCUGCAGGUGAUAGCAACGCUCUGGUGGAUUUUGGAAUUUAUGCUGCAGAUUCAUUCACUAAUUCAGAUGGACACAGUAGUCCGAGUAUAUCGAGCCACCAGGAGGUAGUCAUCGGUCUCAUCUGAGACCUCUUACUUUUUGAAAUGUGUAUAGGUACAUUAGAUGAGACCUCUUACUUUUUGAAAUGUGUAUAGGUACAUUCAACUGGUUUGUGACUGAUUUUUCUCUUUUUAGUUUUAGUAUUCAAAUUGAAUGUUCUUUUGUUUCCUCCAGUCAUUUCAAGUUCAUAAUUCUUGACUAUUGCCA